CUUCUACCGUACCUGUAACACAAAAGUUCUCGCAUAUCUCGCCCCCAGGAGCUUCGUACAGAUCGUGUACCUACCUACACUCAAGGCGAAUCGCCUAUAAUACGAAAUGGCCGUCUAGAAGGAGUGAAGAAAGCGGAAAUUUGUGUUAAAAAAUGGAGAUUUUCAAGUGGACAGAGGUCGUCAGUUCGAAUCGUCGUAACCGAGGGUUUUGGCUUAUAUUUGGGGUUUUAGCUGGGUUUUCGGCGGUGGUUUUUGCGCUGGCGCUCUGUGCAAGAAAUGCGCUCAGACAUGGCGUCAGGAAGGAAGAAGACGAGGGUACGGCAAGCGCGUGGCUCCAUUGGCCGGGGUGGAGCGCGGUUAAAAAUGGCGGCGCAGCGGAAGGCGGCGGAGGGGAAAUUUUGAGAGGGCCUCAGCGGCUGUACGCUCUGAUUCGUAAUAAUGGCAGUUUCUCGGAGCGGGUUCGAACCGGCGACGUGGCUGGUGCUAAAAGGCAGGGGGUUAAUCAGACUGGAAUUCCUGUAUGGCAGAGGAGAAUCUUAAUGGGAGAGCGUUGCAGGCUUCCUGAUUAUAGCGGCCUCAUUCUUUAUGACCAGUAUGGGAAUCCCCUUCCGCAGAACCCUGAUAGACUGCAGAACGUAAUGAAUUGAGAUUCAUGAAGAACGACUGUAAUUGUGGGCGUGGAUGGUCGCGGGUUCGAUUCCCUGCUGUGUAAAUUUUUUGAGCGAAAGCGUCCAGAACAGUGUGAUUGUCUUUGUCAGGGUGGCCGAAGUGGUAAAGUGGAGUUAUAUUUGAGCGCGUUUUCCACGUGCGUGAAUAAAUAAAAUGGGUUUAUUUUCUA